UCUGUUAUCUGUCAAGUUUACAUUCUCAAUCAGAAUCGGCCUUUUGUUUUGCUGUUGUGGUUUAUUUUGAUUGAAAUGUUCAAAAGCCUUGUAAUUAAUUCUCAAUAGAAAAUUAAUGAGUUACGUUUAAAUAGCGCCUACAGAAGGUUACAAUUUUCAACUAGAAAUGCCGUCGCUUUUGCAACAAAUCCCCAAUUUUAACAUAAAGGUGGUGUUUUUUGCCCACUUUAUGAUCAUGUCCAUGAGCUCUAUGGGCAUGUGGGCCACAAACGCCUAUUUAUUUUACAAUAGCAUAUUCAUCUUUUUACUUUUAUGGAGUAUAUUUCACAGUCAGCUUCAAGAGCCUCUGCAACUGGCUAUUCUCAUAAAUGGGGCCUCAAUAAUACUGGACAUUUUACUGCUAAUAAUGCAAUUCCCUGGAAAUGAUCAAAGGGCUGCAGCAAAAUUUUCAGCAGCAAUAGCCGUGUUGCAUUUGUUGGUUAGGCCUUUUACUACCUUUAUUUUAAUCAGGAACUUAGAAGAGAGGGGUGGAAAUAGCGGAUGUAUUUCAAAUAUGUUUGCUGAGACAAGAGCAGAGUCUUAUGAGGAUAUUGACAGAUCAGCUGUGCCCCCAUCUUCUACUUCUGCAGGUUAUGGUUUUGCUAAUGCACAACCCAUUUAAUUUCUAGGCUAGGGUUAAUCUGAGUUAUAAGUUCCCUUGAACUUUAGAUUGAAUCGUCAUUCCGUGGGUAUACUGCGAAAACUGACCAAGUCAAGCCAUCAUAGUUUGUAAAUAAAUCAAUUUAAAGGUUUGCAGUUUUUUUCAGGAUUUAGAGUUUAUAGAUAAAGCAAAAUAUUUGUUCUUUUUUCUGUUUAAUAUUAUAAUAUGAAUUUCAUAAAUUAAUUUAGUACUUAGUAUUGUUGUUAUCUUUAAUAAAUUUGAAAAAAAUAUUGACUUGGUCACUUUUGGAUGUAGCAAUUUCUCCAUUUCGCAAUGAUGGUCAACAACAAAUUAAUUUCGUCUAGCAAUAAAACAUAAAAAAAUGCUUUGUUUUAAAUUUAUUGAAAAAUAUAAAUUUAAAUACAUUUAAAAGAAACAUGUAAUUCUUAUUGAAGAAGAAAAAUAUAAAAAAUAGAGCAAUAUUUAAAAAGAACUAAUCGGAAUCUGAAAACGCUGAUGGCUCCGGAGCGACAUAUUUUUUUCCGCUAUCUGAUGGUAUCGGAUGGUAUGAUAGUAAAAAUAUGAAAUAUUUUUGUCCUUUUAGUCCUAAACACCUACGUCUCUCAAGAAUUGCAUAACACUUGUUAUUACAUAUUAUAUACAAGUAUAAAAACUAACUAUCCUACAUUAGAAAACAGUGGCAAAAUCUUGGUAAUGGUUAUGAACAUACUUAUUGCAUUCCCUGCUAAAUUUUGAUUUAUUUUUUAAUUUUUUUAAUGUGCAAGGCAGAAGAUUAUAGGUUUUUGGUGCUAAGUAUACAAAGAAUUUUAAAUUUAUAUUUUUUAAACUGCUAGGAAUGUAUAAAUCACCUCUAGCCCUUGAUCUUGUAUUAUGGAUAUGAUUUAUAUGGUUUCUUAUGUGAGUUUUAAAAUGAAUAUAUGUACAUAUUGUUGUAAUGUAUAAUGUCCUUAUAUUAGUUGCUUGUUCUGUAAAAAGUUGAUUUGUAGGGAAAAGCCUUGAUUUGUUAAAAAUAGUCUUUAAGAUAUAUUUAUGGACAAUAGUUAAUUUAUAUAAAGCAUUGUUAUAUAAUCCUCCCCAUACUAAAAUACCAUAUCUUAAAAUUGACUCAGUGAGUGAUUUAUAAAUUAUAAUAAGUUCCUUAAUAUUUAGAAACGUUCUAAGUAUAUAAAAUUUAUAAAUCAAUUUUUUUAGUUUAUUUACCAGAUAAUCUGCAUGUACAUGCCAUUUAAGAUUCUGGUCCACAUAUAUCCCGAGAUACUUAGUAUGAGCUGUUUCCUUGAUCUGAUUAUAUCUAUUAAUAGAAAACUGAGAAAUAUUGGGUCUAUUUGCUGCAGUUAGUGAAAAGGCAAUGUAGUUGGUUUUGGUGACAUUUAGACUUAGCUUAAAUGUUUCCAGCCAAUUUUUUACUUGAUUAAGGCCUUCUAUGGCAUACUGCUUUAUUUGAUCCCAGUCUGUACCAUUAAAAAGUAAUGCUGUGUCGUCUGCGUAUGAAAUAAUUUCUCCAUUAUUAAGUUUUGUUUUAAGGAGAGAGUUUAAGUAAAUUAUAAACAGAACCGGGCCUAACAUUGUGCCUUGCGGGACUCCUAUCUGUAUUACCUCUUCUUUGCUUAAAGUAUUAUUUAUUUUAACAACUUGUUGUCUAUUUUUUAAGUAAUUCUUCAUUAGAGUUAUUGCAGUACCUCUUACCCCAUAAUGUUCCAAAACUUCAAACAGUUUGUUAUGUGGAACAGUAUCAAAUGCCUUAGCGAGAUCUAUGAAAACACCAAGGCACUUUCUGCUCUGGUUAAGAUUAUUAGUGACUGCUGAAGUGAGUUUGUGUAAUGCAUCGGAAGUACUACAACCAGGUAAAAACCCAUAUUGAUUUUCAGCCAAAAUGUUAUUAGUGACAAAGAAGCUCAAUAAUCUGUCUUUCAGACUUUUUUCAAAUAUUUUUGCGAAGCAAGUUAUUAAGCUUAUCGGCCGGUAAUUACUGACAACAUUUUUGGGUCCUGAUUUAUGAAUCGGAGUGACAACUGUUAACCUAAAGCUUGAAGGUAUAUGUCCAGUCUUAUAGAUUUGAUUUAUGAUGUGAAUAAGUGGCUCUAGAAUUUCUAUGUGUGUUUGUUUAAUCAGAUUAGCCGAUAUACCAUCAAAACCUGGGGAACUUUUAUUUUUAAGGUUGUUAAUGUGUUUUAUUAGUUCAUUAUGGGUAAUAGGUGUCAAAUAUAUAGAUUGUGUAAUAGGGUUCUCCAGGCUAUGUGGGUUGUGAGGUUGUGAGAUUUUUUCUGCCAUCUGAAUACCAAUAUUUGUGUAAUAUUGAUUACAAAAGUCAGCCAUUUGAUGUUCAUCUUGGAAGUUUUCCCCAUUUUCAUUUUUUAUUUUAAUGUGAAGUUUUUCUGUCUGUUUUUGAUUCGUUGCAUCUCUUAUUACUUAAUACACUUUCUUCAUAUUAUCUUUAUUUUUAUUAAUCUCAUUUCUAUAAUAAUUUCUUUUUUGAAUUGAUAUAAUUUUAUUUAAAUGGUUUCUAUAAUUUUUAUAUUCAUUUUCUAGUUCUACAUUAUAAUUUUUUAAUAGUUUUCGUUUUAGUUUGUCCCUAUGUUUGAUUGAGGCUAUUAUACCAUUGGUAAUCCAUUUUUUAAUUUUUCUGUAUUUCUUGUAAUAUAAAGAGUGGCUUUCGGAGCUUUUUAUAUCCUUUGUAUAGAUUUCAAAAAAAGUGCUCAUUGCUUGGUCAGGAUUGUCUAUUUCUUUUAUUAACGUCCAGUCUUGUUCAUUUAACAUUCUUUUAAGAUUAUGUAUGUCUAUUGAUUUUUUAUUAGAUUCUGUUUUUUGGGUGACAGCUCGGAAACUUUUAUCUUUAAAGGCAACAUUUAUCAUUACUGGAAAAUGAUCUGUUAGACAGCUAUCUAAAACAAAUGAUUUAAACUCUGCGGAAGAAAUAUUUUUACAUUUUAAGAAAAUGUGAUCUAAAUUAGUUUUGGUGUCUGGUCGUGUAAUUGAAUUUAUAUAAGAUAAAUAGCCCGAUUGUGACAUUACAGUUGAAUACUUAAUAACAUUAUUAUCUUCAAGAUUUAAUAGAUCUAUAUUAACGUCCCCAGUAAAUAUUUCUAGUUGUUGAUUAUUGUUAUUUAAACUUAAGAAUUCUUCCAAAUCCUGAAUAAAAAGAUCUUUUGAAAUAGGAGGUGGCUUAUACACGGCUGUAACUCCCACAGUAAUAUCCUUGAUAUGACAUACUACUCUAGCCAAAGUGACUUGAGAUUUCGGCAAUAUUACUGUGGAGAACACCGGGUCCAAUUCAGGUUUUAUCACAAUUAUGAUUCCAUCAUUUUUAUUGUAUUUGCCUUCAUUAUAGAAUGUUUCAUAACCCCUUAUAUUAAAGUCGUCCUUCGAGGAUACUUGAAAAGUUUCACUUAAUACAAUUAUGUCUGUAAAGCCUAAAUUAAAAUUUUCUAACAAUAGAAUUAAAUUGUCGAAAUUUUUUCUUACACUUUUAAUAUUUACAUGUACCAAAUUAAAAAUACUUGCAUUUACAUUUACUUCAUUAUGCAACAUACUGCUAUCCACCGUUUUAGUUAAGAUAUUGUCAUCUUCAUCCAUUUUGUUCAGAAGGUCUUCUUGAUUAAUUACAACCAUUAUUCUCCAUAGUCAAUCUUUUUCUUUGUGCUUUCAAGAAAAUAUUUUGUUGAUGGACAAUUGCUAUCUAGGGCUGUAUGUUCAACAUUGUGGUUUAAAUUAUAUUUUCUGUUUGCUGAGAUGCAGUUAUAACAUUUGUGUUGAACACUUUUACAUGUUUUUGUUUCGUGCUCACCCGCGCAGGUUCCACAUGCUGUAUUAUUAUUACAAACAUUGCUUUUGUGAUUGUAUCCUUGGCAUUUAUAACAUCUUGUAAAUGGAACAUCGUCAUACACAGCACAACGAUUCCAUCCAAUACAGGCCAUUCCUGAGCCAAUAAACUUCCAGUAGGCCUCCGGUUCACACUCCAGGAAAAUAAUUGAGAACUUUUUUUGUUCGUUCCUUUUGAUGUAAGUUACUGUAAAUUCAUCAUUUUGCAUUAUCCAAUGAUUUUGACGUCUUAUUUUGUCUUCAAUGAUUUCUGGUGUUCCGUCCCCUGUGUAUCCAACAAUUUUAACUUGUGGC